GACCGGGCGGGGACGCGCUGCCCCCGCCCUGCCUCCCUGUGGUCCACACCCCCUUUGGGCUCCGGAGCCGCUGGGCUAGAAUAGUCCGGGGUGCGCGCCAGCAGGCGCUGCCAGCCCGGCUUCUACCCGGGUUUCGGGUCCCAGGAGCAGGAGGCCUGGGGUGCCCGUGCCCUCCCUGCCUCCUCCUCCCUCUUCCCGCUCUCACCUGAGCCUGUUAGUCCACUCGCCUUCAAGGCCAGUGGCUACAGCCCAGGCGGAGAGGGCCCAGCGGAGGGAGAGCACCUGAGGAUACAGAGCGGCCCUGGACAGCCUUUCACCCCCAGGUGAUGAGUGAGGUUCCAAGAACCGAAGAUUUUAAAAGCCACCGGGGCCUCCGUAUUGAAUGAAAGACCCAGUGCGAAGACAUCACCAUGAACACGAGCAUUCCUUAUCAGCAGAAUCCUUACAAUCCCCGGGGCAGCUCCAAUGUCAUCCAGUGCUACAGAUGUGGAGACACCUGCAAAGGGGAAGUGGUUCGAGUCCACAACAACCACUUCCACAUCAGAUGCUUCACCUGUCAAGUAUGUGGCUGUGGCCUGGCCCAGUCAGGCUUCUUCUUCAAGAACCAGGAGUACAUCUGCACCCAGGACUACCAGCAACUCUAUGGCACCCGCUGUGACAGCUGCCGGGACUUUAUCACAGGCGAGGUCAUCUCUGCUCUGGGCCGCACCUACCACCCCAAGUGCUUUGUGUGCAGUUUGUGCAGGAAGCCUUUCCCCAUUGGAGACAAGGUGACCUUCAGUGGAAAAGAAUGUGUGUGCCAGACAUGCUCCCAGUCCAUGACCAGCAGUAAGCCCAUCAAGAUCCGUGGACCAAGCCACUGUGCUGGGUGCAAGGAGGAGAUCAAGCACGGCCAGUCACUCCUGGCGCUGGACAAACAGUGGCACGUCAGCUGCUUCAAAUGCCAAACCUGCAGCGUCAUCCUCACCGGGGAGUACAUCAGCAAAGAUGGUGUUCCUUACUGCGAGUCUGACUACCACUCCCAGUUUGGUAUUAAAUGUGAGACUUGUGACCGGUACAUCAGCGGCAGGGUCUUGGAGGCAGGAGGGAAGCACUACCACCCAACUUGUGCCAGAUGUGUACGCUGCCACCAGAUGUUCACCGAAGGGGAGGAGAUGUACCUCACAGGCUCAGAGGUUUGGCAUCCCAUCUGCAAACAGGCAGCCCGGGCAGAGAAGAAGUUAAAGCACAGACGGACGUCUGAAACUUCCAUCUCACCCCCUGGAUCCAGCAUUGGGUCACCCAACCGAGUCAUCUGCGCUAAAGUGGAUAAUGAGAUCCUUAAUUACAAAGACCUGGCAGCUCUCCCCAAGGUUAAGUCCAUCUACGAGGUACAACGCCCCGACCUCAUUUCUUACGAGCCUCAUUCCAGAUACACAUCUGAUGAGAUGUUGGAGCGAUGUGGCUAUGGAGAGUCGCUGGGGACCUUAUCGCCCUACUCCCAGGACAUCUAUGAGAACCUGGAUCUCCGGCAGAGACGAGCCUCCAGCCCAGGGUACAUCGACUCCCCCACCUACAGCCGACAGGGCAUGUCCCCCACCUUCUCCCGUUCGCCUCACCACUACUACCGCUCUGGGCCUGAGAGUGGCCGGAGCUCUCCAUACCAUAGCCAGUUAGAUGUGAGGUCCUCCACUCCAACCUCUUACCAGGCUCCCAAGCAUUUUCACAUCCCAGCUGGAGAAAGUAACAUCUACCGGAAACCCCCGAUCUACAAGCGGCAUGGUGAUUUGUCUACAGCAACGAAGAGCAAAACAAGUGAAGACAUCAGCCAGGCCUCUAAGUACAGUCCAGCCUACUCACCAGACCCCUACUAUGCUGCAGAGUCUGAGUACUGGACCUACCACGGGUCCCCCAAAGUGCCCCGAGCCAGAAGGUUCUCAUCUGGAGGAGAGGAGGAUGAUUUUGACCGCAGCAUGCACAAGCUCCAGAGUGGAAUUGGCCGGCUGAUUCUGAAGGAGGAGAUGAAAGCCCGGUCGAGCUCCUAUGCGGAUCCCUGGACCCCUCCUCGAAGUUCCACCAGCAGCCGGGAAGCCCUACACACAGCUGGCUAUGACAUGUCCCUCAAUGGCUCCCCUCGGUCACACUACCUGGCUGACAGCGAUCCCCUCAUCUCCAAAUCUGCCUCCCUGCCUGCCUACAGAAGAAACGGGCUCCACAGGACACCCAGCGCAGACCUCUUCCACUACGACAGCAUGAAUGCAGUCAACUGGGGCAUGCGAGAGUACAAGAUCUACCCUUACGAACUGCUGCUGGUGACCACGAGAGGGAGGAAUCGACUGCCCAAGGAUGUGGACAGGACUCGCUUAGAGCGCCACCUGUCCCAGGAAGAGUUCUAUCAAGUCUUCGGCAUGACCAUCUCCGAAUUUGACCGACUGGCCCUCUGGAAGAGGAAUGAACUGAAGAAGCAAGCCCGGCUGUUCUAGGCAAAGGCUCUAUAAAUAUAUAUGCAUUUAUAUAAAGAUAUAUGUGAAAUCUCUAUACUGAAGCUCGGUAUAAUCCUCUCUUGUGUAUAACAGGACAUGCUGCCUGCCAUGAGACUUGCUCUUCUGUACUGUCAGGCAAGCCCACAUCAUCGAGAUAUUUUUAUGCUCCUCACUUUCUCUUUUCUAAGUGCUGUGGGACCUGGGAAGGGAUUUGAGGGGACUCCGUCCUUUUAUUGGGGAUCUUUUUUAUACUGAAACAUCUAUUCUAACUUGAGUCUCCCAAGGUCCAACACUCUUUACUAAAAAAGGUGCCUGAAGUCUCUCUUCUCUCUGCUUCUUGGCCCUUUCCUCAAGGCUCCAGGGCUGAUGCUGACCAUGCAGUCUUCACUCUUUAUUGGCCCAGGGGGGUGGGAGGGCUUCUGUGGGAGGAACUGCAUUCAUCUCCCAAAAUCACUGAGCACCCUUAAGAGCCCGCAAAGAAUCUUCCCAACACCUCCACUUAAGAGCUCAGUGUCCUCGGGGGAUGAUGCACUACAGUGUGAGCCUCAAACCUACUCAUUCCACCAGUACCCAAAAGUGGAUAGGGCCUUGGCCUCUCCUCAGCCCUUCAACCCUUCUUCUUCUGCCCUAGAUCCUAACUUCUCCCUUGUCUAAAUCUAGAGCUCGUAGUAGGAAGAGAAAAAAGGCACUUUCCUUCCCUCCAACACUUUGAAACUGCCCAUUUCCAUGCCCUGAACCUGAAGACCCGCAGGAAAAGAGAGGAGGCUGGAAGCAAGACAGAGAUCAGGGCACUUACUAUAAUUGAAGCUGCAGGACCUCUUAGGAUCCUCCCUCUCCCUCACUGUUCCCAUCACCUCCUGACUUUUCCCCCUUUCCAGGAGAGGCCCCUAUUACAGCCUGUAUUCUUCAGCCUUAUUUCUAUCUAUGUGCCUGACAACUCAACACCCACAGGGCUACUGUUCCCAUCAUAGCACCAACUGAACAACUAGACAGACAUUCUAACCACUACUCUAGAGGCAAAAUAAGCCAGGACCUUAAGAAAGGUUCUUGGUCUAUGCCUGCUGGUCCUUGGGCCACCAAGGUCAUAAUAGUGAACUCCCCCAGUCCUUGGCUCCUUCUACAAAGUUGUCUAUGUUUCAUGGCAGAAACUUUUGAAAGACCAGCUGUUUAUGAGAUUCCAAAAAUGAAGUGUUGGCCAACACUGACCAUGGUCACCCUGGAUUUCCCCAGCAGCUGCCUUACUCAUGAAUUGGUGAUUAUUUGUUGGAGAUGCCUUGUGCUGGACCAUUUUGAGAUUCUGGAAGAAAGAUGAAGAAGUGGAAAUGACAAUUGUGACUCUCAAGAGGCUGGUGAUGUAACAUGACAUAUGUAGAACUGACUUUAAUUCAACAAACCCUCACUGAGCACCUGCUGAUGCUGAGCACCUUCUGAAUACUGAGCACCUAAUGGGGGAGGGGGAGGGGACACUGGGAAGAACAAACAUGGGCCCCAUCUCAGGGGCAUGCCUGGUCCUAGAAGGUAUUGAGGCAUAAAGCCAGACAUAACUAUGGAAGGCAGAAAGUGAUAGAAGGCAUGAGAAAGUGUUUUGGACAUGAUUAUCAAGGAAUAUGCAGUUAGUUCAGACCAAGGAAAGAUUUGGGGAAGAAACUGCAUUUGAGCAAAAUUCAGGAAGGAUUUUUAUAAACUGGGAGUAGACUGUAAAUUGACAGGGUGAUGGAGUGAGGGACCCAGAAGGGAAGUCUAAUAUACUCUCUUUGAAAAUGUCAAGCCUUCCUGCAACUUCUCUUUUUGGCCAAUGUCUUUCAUCUUUCCUGACCCUUUAGAAAUGUCCCCAGCCAGAUGCAAUCAUUGAAACUGCCUCAUUAUCACUGGUUGAGAACAACUUGGCGAGAUUGAAGGGCUUUUGUUAUUGUUGUUGGAUAUUUUUGUUUCCCAUAAAAGCACAUCAUUUCAACCCAAA